UAAUCUGACAUUAGUCUUGAAUAGGAAAAAUGUUAGAUAAUCUACAACAAUGACAAUGUUGAAAAAAUGAAUAAAGGUUUAGGAAACUAAGACAGCAAAAUCCAACUUCCCCAAACUUUUUUUUAUAAUCUUCCCAUUUCCUCAGACUUGCUUGUUUAGUUCAGGAUCAGCUGCUUUUGUUACUCUCUGGUACUUUCACGGUCAUGGGUCUUCAUAGAAUUCUCUCCUUAUGUAUGGUAUUUGGUUUUUUAAAAGAAGGCUGCCCUGCCCGUAUUUCCAUCCUGAUCCCAGAAAUAGUGCCUGCAGUAUUGGGCUCAUGUGUGGUUAUUCCCUGCCACUUCACCAUUCCCACCAGUCCCAGGCACACUGACAGACAGCCCGUUAAAUACCACGUCCACUUAAGAUACCGCAUUUUAUUUGGCAAAAGGACAGCUUUCAGUAGUGAUGACACCACUGAAGUGCACAGACAUUUCAGGGGAAGAACAGUGCUGGUGGGAGACCCCAACCAGGGGGACUGCUCUCUGCAGAUUGACAAAUUGAGCAUGAGUGAUGGAGGCCGCUAUGAGAUGGAGCUGAAGGAGAUAGGAGCAAGCAAAUGGACGGUCUCCAAGGCCAUCUUAAUCACUGUGUCAGGCACCCCUCCAAAACCUGAGAUCAGUGACCCUGGCACUAUCAUUGAGGGGCAGCUAGUCACUCUGAACUGCACAGUCAGUAACAGCUGCCCUGAUCAGCCUCUGCAGGUUCAUUGGAGCUGGGAGAGAGGGGCCAGCCACUGGCAUCAGGAGCAGAGGCUGCUGCCUCAGGUCCAUGGGCAGCUUCAGGUCCUCCUCAGCUCCCUCUCCUUUAAUGCCUCCCACACAACUCCGCCUUGGGUCAAAUGCCUCACCACACUCACAGACGGGCAAAGAGCAUUUACAACCAGGAAUCUGCACAUCAGAUUUCCCCCAAGAGACAUUGCCAUUCAAGUCCUUAGCCAGGCAGUCCAAGAAGGGGGGAGCGCAUUUCUCUCCUGUUCCUGUAAAGCAGACCCCCCCGUUACAGAAUACCAGUGGUUUUACACUCAUCAAGGACUUACCAUCGAUCUGCACCAGCGCCUGCAAACAGUCCGGGUCUACAAUGUGACGCGAGAAAAGAGAUUCCACUGUACUGCUAAGAAUCAAAUCGGAUGGGCAAAGUCUACCCCAGUCACCAUCGAUGUUCAACGCCAGCCGGUGAUCUCCCAAAGCUCCUCCUGCAGCUGGGCUAUGGGGGGGCUCCUGUGUCAGUGUGUGGUGGACUCCAACCCCAGAUCUGCUGUGACCUGGAGUGUGGACGGGAGCAACUCCCUGGAUGGAUACAACACUUCCGUUUUAGCACAGGACAACCCACUAGUAGCUGUGCUGAGGAGGGAUAUGGGUUUGCCCCUAAGUGUGGUUUGUUAUGCCCACAACAUGCUGGGGAAUGACUCCGCCAUGCUAAUGAAUAGGAGCGAAGAAUCACUGCUGUGGAAAGUGAUUUUUGUGGCAAGCAUCUUCCUCUCUUUGUUCCUACUCAUCCUUCUUUUCCUCCUACUUCUCCAUUAUUCCAGAAGGACAAAAAGGCACAUCCUAAACUAUGGACAUCCUGCUGUGCACCAGACAAGCCUGGGGCUUUACCAUGAGCACACCUCACUGUACAUUAACUGUACCGAGGUCACCCACAUCUACACCAAUGGCAGCUACCAGCUUGUUUACCAGAACUGCACUCCAAUCUUCAUUCAGAACAAACAGAGACACCAGCGGAGGAGGCAGGUGGACUUUCCAAACAGGGCCCUACGUGAGAUGCAAAGCCCCAGCAGUGACACUGAAACAGCCAUAUAUGUUGAGAUUAUCUGAAUUAAUGAAAGCUGUUCUGCCUGUUGUUUUAUAUAAAAAUCUAAAGUAUAAUUAAAGGCAUGAUGUGCUGUGGUUAAGUGACGUGAUAACAUUUUAAAAUGUUCACAUGCAUUUCGUUUCUCUAUAUAUUACUGUAUUCACUAGAGGGUAAAUUCUUCCAUGUGCGUAAAUGUGUCAAAAAAAACUCAGAGCUGCAUGCCUUUUUUCACUUAAGCUUAUUUGCCCAUCAACUUAAGUCUGUGGUUUACAUGCACUUAGACUAGAUAUGCACUUUGGGCACAGAAACACCAAAAUACAAGCAUGUGUUGCAUGUAAAUGUUCCUUAAAAGCAUUCUGCCACUAAUUUAAAUGCUUUUAAUUGCAUUUUUCACUAUGCACUCUGGAGGGCUGUAUUGAGUCACACGCCAUUACCUGUCCAAAUGCAAUAUUGCAGUGUUCAGAAAGCUAAACAUGCAAUAAGAUUAAUUUUUUCACAUUUAAUAUACAUUUAUUACAAUCCAAAAUGCAUGUGAAUAAUUAUGUAAUUAUUUAACAUAACAGUAUACAGAAAUAUAUUAGUAUAUACAAACAGUUUAUCAUUCGACCAGAUUGACAUCUGACUUGUCAACACGCCUAGUAGGAGAAUCAAUAAUUGGUUCAAUUAAAAUGAGUAAUGGAAGAAGUCGCAAUCCUAAGCCACAGUGCAUAUACUUGCACUCCUGCAAGAGUGUGACGGACAAUCAGAAUACUCUAGCCUCACCUUAAUGUACUUCAACUGACUGACAUUGGAUACAUAGUAUGUUUGAAUUGAUCAUGAAACGCUCCGUUAACCAAUACAGGAGUCAAUUUGUCAUAUUUUUUACAUACACUUAUACAUUCAUACACAGCAGAACAGGGGACCCAAGGGAACUGACUGACCAGGACGUUUGCCUAAUUGGUAACAAGUCAAUACUUAAUAGGGUAAAUGUGUAGGUUUAUAGUGCUGGUUUGGAAUAAUACAUUACACCUUACACUGUAGCAUAUACGCUUGUUUGGACUAUGCAGUUAAUUGCAUUAUUAUUAAUGCCUUCUAAACUUUCAGUCCAUGCCGCUAAUAAUACUAACAUUUAAACUUAUAUAUCAAUUAUAUAUUUUACUGCACGUUAAACUGAUAGAUCAUGCUACCCUUUGCAGCAAAAAAUUAUUAUACUGCUAUCAUGUGACAUGGUACUUUGUUAUAGUUUUAUUUCACUUCAAUAUGAAAUUUUGCGUAUUUUGCAUUUGUUGUAACCAAAUAUGUAAUCACUCCAAAUCAAUGAGGUCAAGAAAAAAAUUGGAAAAAUAAACAACAUACAUUUAUGUAACACACCUUGUCUACUGACUUUGCUACAGCAUAAUAGUGGCAGCAAUCAAGGGCAUAUAGGGUCACCCCACCAUGACUGGGGUACCUAACCCCAUAAACACUCAGUCAGACACAAGUGCAGGUGCUAUGAAAAGCUUUUAUUGAACAGACAGAGAACACAAACAUCCAAAACCUGAUUAACACAGUGCAAUAAAUGAACAGCAACACUACCGAUUCACAUAGUGAAUCUAUUUCCUGGGAUUACAAUACAGUUAAUAUUUGGGGUAACACAAACUAAUAGGACAGCCAAUCAGCACCUUGUUGACUCCAGCUUUGGAAUGCUCUAGGUUUUGAGCAUGGCAGUCCAAAAGCCGUAUAGCUACAUAUGUCAAUGAAAGUCCCCAUUAUAAGCCAGUUUUCUGAUGCUUGUAAAACAAUUAUUGAAGAAAAGGUUCCUCAGAGUGGUUGUGGUGUAGUUAUAGUCUGUUAUAACUACUUGUCUAGCCCAAAUAAUGUUGACAAAAAAUAUAAUUAUGAAUUAAGAUGAAGAUCUAGGAUCCUAUUUUCCACUGGUGUAAAGCGUAUCGCAACUACAGAGGGCUAAGAAAAUUUGAUAUCUAGGUUGCCUGCUAAUUGAACACCCUCCUUGCGAUGUCUUGAUUUAUGAAAAAUGCUUGAAUACUUUGGAGUCUUGAAGAUGUUU